GCCGCUCUGUGGAGCUCAGCCAUUCGCCCUCGGACAUCGCAAGGCACGCACGCCGUAUCAGUUCAUACUCACACGCGCAACGGUAGCAUCGCUCGUGAUAGCACUGCAACUUGGGUGGCGCUUUGUCUUUGAUCUCAGUCCGGAGGGAAGGGAUUGGUCGAGCCACCACUUGCCAGCGAUGGAGAGCUGCAGCUUGGUCGACACGGCCGCCGCCGCCCUCUGCUCGACGGCGGGCGGGCGCCGCCGCGGCAGCGCCGGAAACACCAUGAGGUUCUUCAACUGCUCCAGCUCAUCCAGAGAGCACGGGGUGAGCGCGUCCUACUCCAUCGGCCGGAUGCUGAGCGGGGUGAGGUCGGCGGCGCGGAGGAAGCUGUUCCGGAGCGAGCCCGAGUGGAUGGGCGUCAACUUGCCCGACUCCACCGGCCACCAUUGGUGGACCACCCUGGAGAACAACUUCGUGCUGGAGGCCUCCGAGGACGAGUACGGCGGGGUCGUCGUCGACGCCGACAGGCUGCCGUCCGACGAGGCCGCCUUCGCCCGGUCGCUCGCGGCGUCCCUCUCCUACUGGCAGUCCGUGGGAAAGAAAGGGGUGUGGCUGAAAUUGCCAGUGGACCGAUCUGAGUUUGUUCCCAUAGCAGUCAAGGAAGGAUUCAAGUACCACCACGCGGAGGAGGCCUACUUGAUGCUGACGUACUGGAUCCCCGACGAGCCGUCUCUGCUCCCAGCGAACGCUUCUCAUCAGGUCGGCGUCGGGGGCUUCGUGAUCAACGAUCAAAUGGAGGUCCUAGUGGUGCAAGAGAAGUAUCGGGGCUGGGCGUUGGAUGGCGUCUGGAAACUCCCCACGGGGUUUAUUCAGGAGUCAGAAGAAAUAUAUACGGGAGCCAUCAGGGAGGUCCAGGAAGAAACAGGGGUUGACACUGAAUUCGUGGAUGUGGUCGCCUUCAGGCACGCGCACAACGUGGCGUUUCAGAAGUCGGACCUGUUCUUCAUCUGCAUGCUGAGGCCUCUGUCGAGCGCGAUCAAGAUCGACGAAACAGAGAUUCAGGCAGCAAAGUGGAUGCCGCUGGAGGAGUUCGUGAAGCAGCCCUUCAUCCAGGAGGACCACAUGUUCCAGAAGAUCAUGGACAUCUGCAUCCAGCGGCUGAGGAAGUGCUACUGCGGCCUCACGGCGCACAACGUCGUCUCCAAGUUCGACGGCAGGCAGUCCACCCUCUACUACAACGUGGGCGAGCCCGAGGACGUCAACUGCGACGCCGCCUGACGGGUCGCCGGAUUCUUUUUGCUCUGGGACCUCUACCGUUUAGGAAUUCCGCGGUACAAAGUUCUACUAGCAUCAAGGCAAGCCUCUGUAUAUAUGUGUAGAAGACUGUAAUUAGACAUGGGUGGGACGGAUUAGCUCUGUCGUGUAGCAAUAUGUACUACUCCUAUUCUUCAGUGGACCGGCUUGAUGGGUAUGGGUGGUGGCAAUUAUCUAGUACUAGAAGAAAGUGGCAAUGAUAUAGUAUAAGAAAUAUUUUCUUUCA